AUGGAAGAUUGUCGUGCCCCGGAACCGAUCGCAAUCAUCGGCCUCAGUUGCAAAUUUGCUGGCGAAGCCACAAAUGCUGAUAAAUUAUGGCAAAUGAUUGCCAAUGGACGAGAUGCUUGGUCUCAGAUCCCCAUGUCCAGAUUCAACUGGGCGGGCUCAUUCCAUCCUGAUCAUGAAAAAUCGAGCACUAUGCACGUACGUGCUGGGUACUUUCUUAAAGAGGACCUUGGCAAUUUCGAUGCAGCCUUCUUCAGCUUGUCGGCCGAAACUGCAGCAUCUAUGGACCCCCAGUUUAGGCUUCAGCUGGAGUCUGUGUAUGAAGCACUCGAGAAUGCUGGGCAGCCUAUCGAAAAGGUAGCAGGCUCGGACACGUCUGUAUAUAUGGGGACGUUUAACCACGACUAUAGGGAGAGCAUGAUACGGGAUGAAGAUGACUUACCACGUUUUAUGAUUACGGGUACAGGCGCCGCCAUGGCCUCAAACCGUGUCUCGCAUUUCUUUGAUUUGAGAGGGGCUAGCAUGACCUUGGAUACGGGUUGCUCGACGUCUCUAGUGGCACUAAACCAGGCUGUCAGUGACUUAAGAUCUGGCAACUCGACCAUGGCAAUCGUUGGAAGCUCCAAUCUGAUGCUCAACCCAGAUAUGUUCAAGGCUCUCGGUUCUAUCGGAGUUCUCUCACCUGAUGGAAAGUCCUUUUCUUUUGAUUCAAGAGCCAAUGGUUACGGUCGAGGAGAGGGUGUAGCGACCGUUAUCAUCAAGCGCUGGCGAGAUGCUGUAGCUGCUGGAGACCCUAUCCGGGCAGUGAUACGCGAGACUUGUCUCAAUCAGGAUGGCAGGACAGAAACUAUCACAUCUCCGAGCUCAAAUGCACAGGAACAACUCAUUCGCAAAUGUUACCAGAGCGCCCUGCUUGACCCACUCGAAACACAAUACUUCGAGGCCCAUGGAACAGGUACGCCAACAGGAGAUCCAAUUGAGCUUCAGGCAGUUGCAGCAGUCUUUCAGCCAAAGCGUCAGAGUACAUGUCCUCUGCGUGUUGGCUCUAUCAAGGCCAAUAUUGGACACACGGAACCAGUCAGCGGUCUCGCAAGUCUCAUCAAGGUGAUUCUGGCGCUCGAGAAGGGGGAGAUUCCACCGUCCAUUAACUUUGAGAAACCGAAUGCAAAACUCGACUUGGAGGAGUGGAAGUUUGAAGUACCACAGAAAUUGGAGCCCUGGAUCCCGAAUUCUAACGGAAUAAGGCGCGCAUCAAUCAACAACUUUGGCUACGGUGGUACGAAUGCCCAUGUCAUUGUUGAGAUGGGACCACCAUGGUUAGCUGAUCCUAUGACUCCCACGACCAACGGAACCAGUCAUACCAAUGGCUACACUUAUCAUAUGGACUCAGCAUCACAGUGUGGUACCAAGCCGACAAGUGAUGGGAACAACACCAAUCCAGUUCGGAACAAAACCAAGGUCCUUGUUCUCAGUGCAAGAGAUGAACGAGCAUGCCAGGAUAUGAUCUCCAACCUGAAAGACUAUCUCGAACGCCAAAAGGAACAUGACUUACCUGAUGAGUUCCUGCAGAGGCUUAUAUACACUCUCGGCCAACGUCGUAGUAUGAUGCCUUGGGUUGCAGCAUGUCCCAUUUCCUACACGCGCGGCAUGUCUACAGUCGUUGAGUCUCUGGGAUCCUCUCAGUUCAAGCCCAAAAGAAUCGUACGAACUCCUCGUAUCGGAAUGGUGUUUACAGGGCAAGGGGCCCAAUGGUACGCAAUGGGGAGAGAGCUCAUUAUUGCCUAUCCUGUGUUCAGAUCCUCCCUUGAGCUUGGAGAUGCAUACCUUAGAGAGCUUGGUGCAGACUGGUCGCUGAUGGAGGAGCUCAUGAGGGAUGCUACUGGCACAAAGGUUUUUGACACUGCUGUCAGUAUUCCCAUCUGUGCUGCCUUGCAGAUAUCACUGGUCAAUUUACUCCAGAGCUGGGGUGUCAAGCCAGCAGCGGUGACAAGUCACUCAAGUGGAGAGAUCGCAGCUGCGUAUGCCGCAGGGGUUAUUGAUUACCGGGCAUCCAUGGCUAUCGCUCACUAUCGGAGUGUUUUAUCGGCUGACAAAGCUCUGAGAGGUUCUGUCAAGGGAGGCAUGGUUGCGGUUGGAGUGGGAUCUGAUCACGCCGCGACCUACCUCGAACAGCUACAAAGCGAUGGGAAAGCAAGCAUCGCUUGUAUCAACAGUCCUAAAAGUGUCACCAUUGCAGGCGAUCUUUCUGCCGUCCUGGAGGUCGAGACUCGGGCUAAGAAUGAUGGCGUAUUAGCAAGUCGUCUCAAUGUCGACAUUGGCUACCAUUCGCAUCAGAUGGAACCUAUCUCGCACAGGUAUGGGGAAGCCCUGGGUCGGGUAAAACUCCUCAAUCCUUCACAUAACUUUGAGUCCAUCGUCUACUCUUCGCCAGUCACCGGCGGUCGCAUGACGGACCCUGAAGAAAUUGCCAGUGCUGAACAUUGGGUGGCGAGCCUGGUUCAGCCUGUCAAGUUCUUGGAUGCCUUCACCGACAUGUUAUUAGGUGACUUCGACCCAUCUGGCACCAGUGUUGAUGUUGUAGUCGAGGUUGGACCACAUUCAGCCUUGCGAGGACCUAUCAGACAAAUCCUCGAGCUUCCGGAGUUUAGUGGUCUCAGAAUCCCGUAUUACUCUUGUUUAGUUCGCAAGAAUGAUGCUAGAGAUACCAUGCAGACACUGGCGGCAAAUCUGAUAGGCGAGGGCCUGGACCUGCAAUUAGACUCUCUCAACUUUCCAUACGGAAGAGAGAGCUUUGUCAAGGUGCUCACAGAUCUUCCCUCCUACUCAUGGAACCACCAGACCAGACACUGGGUUGAGCCACGCUUCAAUAGAGCGCUGCGAGAAAGAGACCAGGAACCGCACAGUCUUAUCGGCUCGCUUGUUCUAGGGGCAGAACCAGAGUCUCCUUCAUGGCGCCAUAUCCUUCGUGCGUCCCAGUCGCCUUGGCUUCGCGACCACGUAGUCCAAUCCAAUGUCCUUUAUCCCGGAGCAGGUUUCAUCUGCUUGGCUCUCGCAGGCAUAACACAGAUGGUCUCUAUGCAGGUGAUCAAAUCUGUAGACAAGCUAGGAAAUGUUCGACAAGUUUCUGGUUACAGGCUGCGAGACGUCGAGAUUCUUCGGGCCCUGCUAGUGCCGGAUACCCAACCCCUGGAGGUUCAGACGAAACUCUGUCCUGCGCAUGACAGAGAAAUUGGCCUCAGAGGGUGGUAUCAUUUUGAAAUCCUCUCUGUGACUGGCGAGAACCGAUGGAACUUGCAUGCCCAAGGGUCUAUUAAAGUCGAGUUUGCCAAUGAGUCGGUGCCGGGGGUAGGCGGACUCAAAGCACUAUCUCCUUUGAUUCCCAGCACAGCACGUCGAAUUGCACCCGAUGAUGUGUUUGCGACCUUCAGAUCAGUCGGUAUCGAGCAUGGACCAGCAUUCCAAAACUUCAAGACCAUCCUCCAGUGCCAAACCGAACCACGAUCCAAGGCCACCAUAAUUGUUGCCGACACCUCUGCUAACAACACUAUCAUACACCCAACUACUCUCGAUUCCAUCGUUCAAGCGGCUUAUACAGCCCUUCCCAAGGCUGGUUAUUUCCAAGAGAGCCCCCGCGUGCCUCGAAGGUUUAGACACAUUUGGAUAUCGAGCAAUAUCGGCUCCAAUGUAGGACACGAAUUCGAGGCUUGCUCAAGAGUCAACGAUGCCGAUUCCCAGAGCUUUGAAGCCGAUGUUCGCGUUUUUGAUGCCCAGGGUAAUGAGCAAGGUUCACAAACUCCUGUCCUAGAGAUACAGGGCUUGCUUCUCCAGUCCCUUGGACAAGCCGUGGGUAAUGGAAACAAACGGCCAUGGGAGAAGGAGGUUUGUAGUAGGGUUGAAUGGGAUAUUGAUAUGACUCUCGCUGGCCCCGAGACACUCAACAGGAUCCAAAAGGAGCUUGUACAUUCAGGCCCUGGGGAGAGUUUCACGAAAGAGCUACGGCCAAUUUGUCUUUACUAUAUUCAUGAAGCACUUGCUGAGCUUUCGCCCUCUGAUGUAUCGACUCUCACUGGACACUUAGCCAAAUUCUACCGCUGGAUGCAGGACCAGGUCGAGCUGGCCUCACCGCAAUCAGAAUCUGACAAUACAGACGAGACCAUUGACCUAAGAUCUCUAAGCCCUGGACUGCGACUUGGUCUUAUUAGCCGAGCUAUCACGAAUAGCGUGGCAGGCGAAAUGAUUUGUCGCCUCGGCCCUCAUCUUGCCAAUAUCUUGCGAGGAAAGUCGGCGCCACUGGAACUAAUGGCUCAAAAUAAUCUUCUUUCGAGAUACUACGAAGAAUCACCUGGCCUCAAACGCUGCUUCAGCCAACUGUCUCAGCUCCUCCGCAAGAUCGUUCACAAGAAUCCCAGAGCUCGAAUCCUUGAAAUAGGUGCUGGUACAGGCAGUGCCACUCGCCAUGCUCUGGAAGUACUUGGAUCUCGGGAUUCUGGAGGCCCACUAGCUGAAUUAUACCACUAUACGGAUAUCUCCAUGGGUUUCUUUGAGACUGCUAGAGAGGAUCUCUCGGGGUGGAGCGAUAUACUAGCAUUCGACAAGCUAGAUAUCGAGCAGGAUCCUGCAGAGCAAGGUUUCACGCCUGGUUCUUAUGAUGUUGUGAUUGCAUGCCAAGUUCUCCAUGCUACGAAAUCCAUCUCCAAAACAAUGGCUAAUGUUCGAAGCCUUAUGAAGCCCGGCGGCUCGUUGUUACUUAUUGAAACAACGCAGGACCAGAUCGAUAUCCAGUUCAUCUUCGGCCUCCUACCUGGCUGGUGGCUCAGUCAAGAGUCCACCCGCCAGAAUAGUCCGUCCCUCAGUAUCACGUCCUGGGAUAAUGCGUUGAGGACUGCCGGCUUCACAGGGGUUGAUAUGGCCGUCAACGAAAGCGAGGACACUUCUGAGUAUGCAUUUAGCACCAUCAUGUCUCAUGCGAAAGCGGCGGCAGAUACCUCGGCAGAGAUCAGAUUGGAGGACAUUGUUCUGGUUACGACGUCCAAAUCAGUGCCUCCAGAAGAUUGGAUAGCAUCUCUGGCACAUUCUAUCGGAGGGAAAGAUCACUGCCUUGAUGUGCAACUCCUGGAUGCCCUGGAUGUUACUGGUUCCACUUACAGAGGCAAGAUAUGCGUCUUUCUGGCCGAAAUGGAUGAGAAUAUGCUAUUCGACCUCAACUCAACUUCGUUGGAAGGGCUGAAACUCAUGGUCACCAAUUGCUAUGGUCUUCUCUGGAUAACAGUUGGAGGCGCCAACGAAUGUGAUAACCCUUGCUCAGCAUUGGCUACAGGGUUCGUUCGUUCUUUGCGCAAUGAGUAUGUUGGCCGACGAAUCAUAACUUUAGACUUGGAUCCAUCUCACUCAACAUGGUCAUCUACUGCGCACAAUGCCAUCUCGCGUGUUCUCAGGCAUUUCUUCAGAGAAACGGAUGAUAGCAACGCAUUUGACGGAUCUGCGACUGACUUUGAGUUCGCGGAACGAAAUGAGACUAUUAUGGUCCCGCGGUACUACAAAGACACAGCUCGAAAUGAACUCGUCAUGCCACAGCAAGAUCAUCGGCCACCGGUCCAUGCUGUAACAGAGCUUUUCCAGCAGGAGCUCCCUGUUCGCCUCCAUGUUGGCAUCCCGGGUCUCUUGGACACUUUGACAUUCAUCCACGAUGACGCGGUCACGACUGCCGAUGAGAGUCAGAUGUUGGAAACCCUUGUCGAGAUCGAGGUUCGCGCUUAUGGGCUGAACUUCCGAGAUGUCAUGGUUUCCAUGGGCCAACUGGAAGACAAGAUCAUGGGUAUUGAGUGUGCCGGCGUCAUAACCAAAGUCGGCGCUGUGGCUGCUCUCCAUGGGCACUUUGUAGGCGAAAAUGUUUUUGCCCUUCUCCGCGGGCCUUUUGCAAGCCGCGUACGGACCGAACAUUGGAACGCUGUUUCUAUGCCGGAGGGAACUACCUUUGAAGAAGCAGCAUCUAUGCCUAUGGUAUUUACCACGGCGUACGUUGCUUUGUACGACGUCGCUCAUAUCCAGCGAGGUCAAUCUGUUCUGAUUCACGCCGCGGCGGGUGGAGUUGGCCAAGCAGCUAUUCAGCUCGCGCAGCAUCUCGGAGCCGAUAUCUAUGUCACCGUAGGCUCCCCUAAGAAGAAGAAGCUGAUCCAACAAAAGUAUGGAAUUCCAGAUCACCACAUCUUCAACAGCCGCGAUGCAUCUUUUGCCUCGGGCAUCCGUGACAUAACCGGGGGUCGCGGUGUUGAUCUGGUUCUGAACUCUCUUGCGGGUCCUUUGUUACAAGAGAGCUUUGGCCUUGUAGCUCCCUUUGGUCACUUUGUCGAGAUCGGAAGACGGGACCUUGAGCAAAACAGUUUCUUAGAGAUGCGGCCGUUUAUUCGCCAUAUAUCUUUUUCAUCACUGGACAUACUCCAAAUGACAAGAGGGAAAGGACCCGAUGUGCGUCGAAUUCUUACCGAGAUUGCACGCCUGAAACAGCGCAACGUGAUCGCGCCUGUUGAUCCCUUGACUAGUUACCCAAUCUCGGAUAUCACCAAGGCAUUCCGUCUCAUGCAGACAGGACAACACACAGGCAAGAUUGUGGUAUCAACAGAUCCGCUCCAGAAGGUUCAAGUUCACUCCUACCCGCAGACUAUCAGGCUGUCACCAGAUGCGUCAUAUCUAUUGGUUGGUGGCUUGGGAGGCAUUGGGCGGUGUUUGGCGAGCUGGCUUGUCAAUAUCGGAGCCAAACAGAUCAUUCUCAUGUCGCGAAGUGCUGGGACAAAGGAAGAUGAUGCAGUCUUUAUACGCGACUUGGCCGAGACAGGAUGCAGAAUUGAGUGCAUCAGCUGCGAUAUCUCCAAAGACCAUGAUCUUGAGAGGGCGAUACAGCUUUGUACAGCGAAGGGACUUGCGCCUAUUCGAGGUGUUAUCCACGCUGCCAUGGUGCUUCAAGACUCCAUUCUAGAACAAAUGACAAUCGAAAGCUUUAGGGCGGCUGUUCUGCCCAAAGUUCAUGGGUCCUGGAAUCUGCAUACCAAAUUCCAGAACGUCGACUUCUUCAUCAUGCUAUCCUCCAUCAAUGGCAUCGUCGGCUAUGCCAGUCAGGCCAACUACUCAGCAGGAGGGUCAUAUCAGGAUGCACUAGCCCAAUGGCGUGUUGCAAACGGUCUCCCUGCCGUAUCGCUGGAUCUCUGUGCCGUAAAGACAGUAGGUUACGUGGCUGAAACGGCCGGUGUGGCAGCCCGCAUGCAGAGAGCAGGCCACAUGUUACUGCGAGAAGACCAACUUAUCGGGUUAUUAGAGUCCGCCAUUCUACACCCUUUUGCUCGUCAAAUCGUCUCUGGGCUCAAUACAGGGCCUGGUUCCCACUGGAAUCGUGAUGGAGAGUCACAACUCGGCCGCGAUGCACGUUUCAGCGCCCUGCAAUAUCGUCAGCCUCGAGAAAAACGAGCAAGUGAUGGUGAACGGAUGGAAAAACAUUCACUUGCUGCUAGUCUCGCCGAGGUGACUUCGCGGGCUGAUGCUGAAGCUAUUGUCUUUGAAGCGAUUGCACACAAGUUGAGCUCCAUCUUCGUCAUAGCUAUUGGAGAGAUCGAACCAAGUAAACACCCAUCGCACUAUGGUGUCGACUCACUGGUUGCGGUGGAGCUGCGAAAUAUGAUCUCGCUUCAGGCCGCAGCCGAUGUUUCCAUCUUUAGCAUUUUGCAGAGCCAGUCGUUGGGUGCGUUGGCCAGCGAGAUUGUGGCCAAGAGCAGAUAUACUGAGAUUGUGUAA